AUGGCGAAUUUAUCGGCGGUUGGGAUGUUACGGUAUUUGACUGUUCUGGCUGUUUUGUCUGGGACUGUUGAGGGAUUUCUACCAAACAGGCUGAGUACGCUCUAUACCUUGAACGCCAACGACUACACCCAUGAGGAAAUAACCCAGAUCGGAGUUCUAAAAGCUGCAGCCAAGUUUUUAGAAGACAACCCGCCGAGUGGGACGUCCUUUACUCCAGGGCAACUUCAGAAUUUGGAUCCAUUCAACCCAACGACGCUUUUCACAGCCUAUUAUGGAGAGGUGACUUCAGCAGCUAAACUCCAGUCGGCGAUAACAGAGAUCAUUGAUGCAAACUCACGGGUGGACAGUGACUACCUGUCUAAUGCAGAAUACCACGUUAGCGGAGAAGAAAUUCAAGCAGCAAACAUCCUGUUGAUAACUCAGCGAAACAGCAUACUAGAAAUCCUGUCAGGAACACGACCCAACUUUGAAGCAGCCCGAGCGAUGAUUGGUGUUUACCUGCACAUCUUACAAGACUUCUACAGCAACACCAACUGGGUCGAGUUGGAGGGAGGGGUUCCUGGAGUCCUUGUUUGUCAAUAUAACAUCCUUCUGCAACAUCUUUUGACCAGUGGGUACAAGAGUGGGCAAAGUAAAUCUAAACCAUCUGCUAUCUCUGAAACUACAGGCAAGUGCAGUCAUGGCGGUUUGAUGGAUGACUCUAGACUUACAGUCCCGACUGGAGGAAUCAACAAGGAGACGAGUGUUCCUAGUCUGUCUCCCCACCACUAUCUACAUGAGCAGGCGGCUCAGGCAGCCAUUCAGGCAACAACCAACUUCUUCAUUGCACCAGGUUACGGCCUACUAUCACAGAUUGGUGCUGACAAGUUCAAACAGGUUCUAAACCUUGGAUCAGGAAACUCUAUGGUUUUUGUAAUUGACGUGUCGGGCAGCAUGUCGGAUGACGUUGCGGCAGUUGGUCAAGAAUCGAUUCAGAUAGUACAACGCACCUUGGGCACAGCUACUGCACCUUACAACUAUAUCCUGUCUACUUUCAACGAUCCGGAGGACCUUGGGCAAGUACGUACAACAAAAGAUCCAGACGUGAUGAUUACCUGGCUAAACGAGCUAAGAGUCGACGGUGGAGGAGACUGUCCCGAGUACUGUUUUUCUGGAAUUGAACAGGCCCUUCUCAUCUGUUUGCCAGAGUCGCCGCUGUUUAUCUUCACAGACGCAGAUCCAAAAGAUCCAGAAAAGUACGGCAUUAUAACGGCACUGAUGGAAGAAAAGCAAGCUAGGCUCAACUUUCUGUUGACAGGCUCAUGCACCAGUCGCGACAAACUAGAUGGACAGGAACAAGGUUACUAUGAAGCUACCUCCCAUACUGCCCAUAGACGAAGCAACAGAAACUGGUACGAACAACUCGCCGAGCAGUCCGGUGGAUCUGUCUAUGAAGGUGACAAAGAGAACAUCACCGAGCUGACGGGUGUCAUCAGCGUUACCCUGUCCAACUCAGCUCCUGUGACCCUCUACAAGGCCAGUCUGCCAGCGGGAAGCGGCAGGGUUGUGCCGGUACAGGUAGACAGUGCUCUCCUGGAGCUGGCCAUCUCUUUAGUAGCUGCAAACAGCGCACCAGACGUUGUAAUAGAAACUCCUGAUGAUUCACAGCAUUACAUGUUGGAGGUUACGGGAAAGAGCAUUUUGGACUUCUCGUACCAGUUUAUGAGGACAACAACCAAUGGCAUCUUAUUGCCCAUUGAUGGAAGACCUGUUGCAGGGGUAAAUACAACUGUCAUUGUGGACGUUCUCGGCUCAGAGAAUGUCCAGCAGCUGACCAGAAUUUCACUACUAAACGAGGCAGGCGACGGACUGGUGUCGUCUCCAAUGACAUCCGUGGGUGGCCUUCUUGGGGCCAAGUAUUCUGCAGUUGUUGUCAUGCCAACAGAGAAAUUUAGGGUGAAGAUUGAAGGCAGCGAUGUAAACAACACCCUAUUUCAGCGUGUUCAGCCUACUGUCAUCCAGCCGCAAAGUUUUGAUUUGGCUUUGGUGGGCGAAAAAGAGCCACUCUUUGCUGGAAGCACUGCGGACGUGCAUUUUCUGCUUGUGAACCACGGAGCCCGAAGUACGUUUUCUCUAGCAGCAACAGACGACGCAUCGAUGGUCCAGUCCGUAUCACCUACGUCAAUCACACUACAGGAGAAUGCCAACACGACCGGGUACAUCAGAUUUUCAGCUUCAAUCGCGGUAGCUGGUACAACAAGUACCACAACGUUAACUGUGACAGGACCAGGAGGCUCGUCCAACUCACUGGUAGUCAGAGUAACGGUACAACCUCAAAUUGUAGUGCCUGUGGACAACGUCAAGCCAACAUGUACACAAGUAUCGGCUACUGGUAGCUGCACCCUUGAACAACAACAUCCAUCUACCUGUGGCAGCCAUCAUUGGUCCAUAGAGGUCCACGAUAACGAGUACUUGGGAACAUCUCAGGUUGCACUUUUGGUGUCUGCCGCAGUAGUAGGUGUGGGAUUAUUGACUGGGCUCGGUCUCACCCUUUAUUGUAUGAAAAAGCCCACUAUUAAACCCUGUGCGGGUCCUUCGCUCUGA